UUAAAGUAAACAUACGUGAGCGCGAAGUAACGGAAAAUGUUUAAAGUAGCAAUCAUACUUUUCAGCGUUUUAACGCUCCGGACAAAUUGUGAAGCGCGUGGCAUCAAUGCGACACCAAACAACGUACCCAUUCAAGGUCGCAUUGUAGGCGGUGAUGAAGUGGCGCUGGCCGCAAUACCCUACCAAGUGGCCAUAAAAAACACCUUCGGCGAGUUUGUGUGCGGUGGUUCCAUUGUCGCACCGGAAUGGAUCUUAACAGCGGGGCAUUGCAUGGAUUGGCCUAAACAAUACCUGAAGAUCGUCACUGGCACUGUGGAAUGGAAUAAGCCCGGCGGCGAAUACACUGUGGAAGACGUGAAAGUACAUUGUCUCUACAAUAAACCAACGUAUCACAAUGAUAUUGCCUUGGUGCGUCUGAGCAAACCGAUUGAGUUCGAUAGCAACACUGCAGCCGUGGAAUUGGCUACGAGUAAUACACUGAAGGACGGCGAUAGUGUGGUGCUCAGCGGUUGGGGCAGCCUUAAAGCUUGGGGUAAUGCUGUUAGCAAACUGAAUAAAGUGAGUUUGAAGUAUCUGGAUCACGACACUUGCUUGACUUCGGUCAAAAAUCAAAAAUUCGUCGGCGAUGGUCACAUUUGCACAUCGACUAAGGAGAGUAAAGGUUCUUGCAGCUACGAUUCUGGCGGCCCAUUGGUCGAUGCCAAUAACGUACAAGUUGGUGUUGUCAACGGUGGUGAACCAUGCGCUAUCGGUUAUCCGGAUACGUUUGCCAGUGUUGCCUACUAUCAUGAUUGGAUUGUCAGUACCAUCGCGGGUAAUAACGCUUGCUAAGUCUUCGGGUGACAUGGGAUGUUAUAGGAGUUGCAGAAAUAUGAAGAAAUUGCCAUUCGCGAACAAAUAUUUAAGUUAUCACUUAGUCUUUAAUUUUUUAUACAAAA